AUGUUGUCAUCUGAACGGCCCACAGUGACACCGCGGUUCUUCCUGUACCGCAUGAUUGGCAAUGACAUGCCGCCGAUGCAGUGUGACGGGCAGCUGUACCAGAACACGCUGUACACGCUGCAGCACGAGGCGAGGGAGCUGGGCGGCGGCAACGUGCGGCGGCUGUGGGUGAUGAACAACAUUCUCAACGACACGGAGCAGCGGCGUAUCGUGGACGCCAUCCUGAGCCACGGGUACUCGGAAGAGGAUAUCAUUUACAUCCGCCCCAACUACACUCGCCUUGCCUCCAUGCCGCAGCAUACAUGGUCCGAUGCCAUCACAGGUAUGAACGAGGCGCGCAAUAUGAUGGUGGAGCACGGCAGGGCGCAUGGGGCGCGGUGGGUCCUGCCUAUGGAUGGCAACCACUUCCUUACCAACGAGGCCUGGGCCUUCCUGGCUGCUGCAGCCGACAGACACGAGGCCCGUGGCAAGACGGUGUUCAAGAUCCCUCGUGUGAAGAUCGACAGGCCGCAAACUCCGGGUUUCAUCAACAGCAGCACUCUUUUCCCCGACCUCUUCCCGCACGCGCCCUCACUGAACGAAGGCAUGCUGGCAUUUCGCAACGACUCGCCGCACCGUUUUCUGCCAGCAAUGGGCUAUGGCAGGCGAUGCAAGCUGGAGGCGUUCAGCCGCAUAUGCGGUACAGGCAACCCCUACACCCGGCAGCAGGUAGCUCAUGCACUGGGCCUCACAAGCCUCUUAUAUCCCGACUUCACUCCUCACCUGGCGGACACGGGCGAGUGCGGAUGCCAGAAGGAGACGGGAAGGGAGGAUGUAAUUCGGCCCAUGCACAUGUCUGUGCUGCGCGCAUGUGGAGUGGUCGUGCGCCUCUGGUAUUAUCCAUGCGCGGAGGUGGAUAGGAAAAGAAUGAUCCAUGAUGGAUGGUACCGCUUCAAGGAGAAGCAAAAGGGACGUGUUAUUUUGAUAAGCCGCAUUCGUGAGCGGAUAAACCAAGCCAUGGCAGAGCAGUCGCAGAGAUUGUUAUAA